AACGAUCUCCCUACUCCAUACUCACUACUUCCUAUUUCCUGUUCCCUAUUGAUCUCUGUUUAUGGAUACUUCAAAUACUUCAGAUACGUCAAAAUAAGUGCUGUCACAGUUUCACAAAUUUUAGCUAAGAACCAAGUAGUCUUGUUGUAUAGUCAACUUCGAAAGCAUGGAUAAAUUUGAGAAACCGCAGAUAAUUUGUCAUAUUGAGAAAUCGGUAAAUUAUUCCUUAUUCGACGCAAAAUGGAUUCCGUGCAGCGCAAAAUUUGUGGUUAUGGGCUCACGACCGCGAGGUAGCGGUAUUAUACAAAUCUAUGAAGUUUCCAGCGGCGAAUUAAAUCUUGUUAAAGAUAUCGAACGAUCUCAACCGAUAAAAUGCGGAACCUUUAAAGCAUCUAGCCUAAAAGACAGAUAUUUAGCAACUGGUGAUUUUCAGGGUAAAUUGAACAUCUACAACCUAGAAGACCCUUCGAUACCAAUUUAUACUACUGUUGCUCAUGAUGAGAUUAUAAACAGUAUCGAUGGUGUAGCUGGACAGAACAUUGGAUGCGGCGCACCGGAAUUAGUAACUGGCUCUAGGGAUGGAAGUGUUAAAGUCUGGGAUCCUAGGUUGAAAGGUCGGCCAGUUGCUGUAAUGGAACCUAAAGAGGGUGAAGAUCGUAGAGAUUGCUGGACAGUUGCAUUUGGAAAUUCAUACAAUUCUGAGGAACGAGUUGUAGCUGCUGGUUAUGAUAAUGGAGAUGUAAAAAUGUUUGAUUUGAAAGCAAUGGCUGUUUUGUGGGAAAGUAAUCUUAAAAAUGGAGUUUGUAGCAUUGAAUUUGAUAGGAAGGAUAUUCCAAUGAAUAAAUUAAUAGCUACCACUUUGGAGUCAAAGUUUUAUUUGUUUGACUUAAAAACUCAGCAUCCUAAAAAAGGAUUUACUUAUCUAACUGAGAAGGCACAUAAUGCAACAGUAUGGUUAGUUAGACAUUUGCCCCAAAAUCGUGAAAUAUUUGUUACUUGUGGUGGAGGAGGAAGCCUUUGUUUAUGGAAAUAUAAUUAUCCAAAGAAACGAAAAAUAGUAGACGUAGAUGGCAUUGGCCGCGGAGUCGUCGGUGAUCUAACUCUUUUACAAAACACUAUUGUUUCAUCACAACCUGUUAGUUCCCUAGAUUGGAGUCCAGACAAACAGGGUUUGGCUGUUUGCACUGCAUUUGAUCAAUGUUUGAGGGUAAUUAUCACCACAAAACUUAAUACUUUCUAAGAAAAAGUAUAAAUUCAUGUUCUAAUUAAUUAUAAAAAAAUAAAAUAUUUAUAUUAUGUUAUUUAAUAUUAUUCAGUAUGAAACGUUCACUAAUGCAAUAGAAAUGAGAUAAAACUGUAAAUAAACAUCAAUUUUCUUACUUUAUAUAAUUUGAUGAAAUAAAAUGAAUAAAAUAAAAAUUAAUAUUCUACAAAAUUUUUCAUUAAAUUCAAAUUAAAUUGUCUGGAAUUCUUGGUUAUCUAAGAAUCUAAAUUACCGACUGCGAAGGAAAUUUUCAUCACGAUGGCGACACUUGUGGUUCGUUAAAUAUCGAUUUUUGUCUCCGUAUACAUGUGCACGCGUUGCGCAACUUCGCGGUACGGACGACCAGAUAAAAGCGAAUUAUAUGUCAUCGGGCCAAUCUAUUUAGAAUCAAACCCUUAUUAAGUGGCAGCCAUCUUAUAGUGCGAUAUGUUAUGCAACAUCAGACCGCCAUGUUGAGGCGCGAGACGUAUCCACGCCAAGUGGUACUUAUGCUACAUUGUUCGAGCCAGCCUCGGUCAGCUCACAUUCAGCCAUACAAGCAGUUCCGCUGGUGGAUUCCAUAAUAGAAACGCAGUUUCUUCCUGAUGCUAGGGAUUUUUUAAGUGCACCAUCGUGUACGUGCUUUUAUAACGAUUUAUGACGAUUACGAGGUACAUAAUAAUAAACGAUGAGUUUAAAAACAUCAAUGUAUUAUUGUAUAAAGUAGGUGAAUAUUAUUUUAUAAUUCAAAAUCAAAAAAAUUAUAAUUCAAAAUAAUAAAGAUAAUCCUAACCUUACUACGAUAUUAGUCAUUUUCUUAAGUUUUUAGAUUUGCCAAUUUUCAAAAAUAUUUUCAUCAUUGUCGAUUAUUCAGAACUCAUUUUAUUGAAAUGAAAUCUUGUGCUUUAUGAAGCGAGAUUAUGUAUUUACUAAUGUAUUUUCCAAGAACAUUAAUGUGUAGAUUCAAAUACAAUACUACGUAAAAUAGCUUUAAAAUUUGUUUACGGUUUAAUGUAAAUUAUUCGAAAUUUUGUUUUCCAAAGUUUACCAAUAUUGUAAGAACUAGUAGCAAGAAAUUAUAUAGCCUGUGAUGGAACUUUGACCGCAGUUUAUUGACAGAAUUAUAAAUGAGAAAGAAUCCAAAAAUGAACUGUUAUUAUUCAAUUUUCAAUAUAAAGACGUCAACAUUUUGUUCACUAUCCUCUCUCUUUCUUUUUUACAAAAUUAACCUCCGAUGAUACAUUACAAGAUAUAAAAUGUUUCUAGCAAGUGAAAAAAAAAUUAUCCACGUUACAUCUCAGAGUUCAAAGAAAUAAUACACAUCCGCUAACGAUCCAAGGAUAUUUAAAUAAACUGAGCAAUACACAUGUUUAGGAAGUUACGCUGCUAUCGAUUGACCUUGCUCCCAAAUUUCUCACCAUCCAUAGUAAGAGAGCUGAUUAUUUUUAACCGAAGUAUUCUUGGUUUCUGCCCCCUCCUUUCCGUCUAUUGGCUAACCCUCUUCUCCUCAUCCCUUGUUCAAUUAAUCCAUCUCUAUAUUAAACUUCUCAGAUAUUGGAUGACUUAUCUUCAAUGUGACAUUGACAGUGGCAUGUUGUGUAGAGUAAAUAUUAAAAAAAUAAGAUGUUUUAGUAGAGUAAACAUAUGCCAUUAUUAUUCUUCAACCAUAUUAUAUAUAUUACUUUUUAUAAGUAAUAACUAAUUAACUAUGAUUAACUUUGAUUCAUUAUUCAAAUUCUUUCUCAUAUUAUAAUUGCAUGAUUUCCAAGUCUCAAAAUAUGAAUUAAUAUUAUAAUAAAAUUUAGGAUUAAAAUUAUGAAUAUUAUUAAGGAAUACUAAUUAAAUUUUUUAAGUAAAUCUGUUUUACUUUUUAAAUACGUAUGUUUAAAACUAAACGUAAAUAUUGUUUAUAUAAAAAAAGUGCAAUAUGCAUGAAAUAUAUACAAAAUAAUUAUGUAUGUACCUCGUACAUCGAGUAUGUCCGGAAGGGAAGGAAAAAGAGCAUUUCUACCGGGUCAAGAAUAACUUGCUAAAAUGAUAUUGAGGUUCCGGGAAGCAACGACUUUGAGAGGUGGCGGUAUGAAAUGAAAUGAUGAGAAGGAUGCGGCACAGUAUAUGAUUUUUAUUGUCAUUACAAUUACAAUGAGCAGCGACAAAAAGUGAUGACAGUUUGAGAUAAUAGUGGUCGACAAUAUCACUGCUAUAUUUAUAAUGGUUUACUUAUGUUACCCUAAUAUAUCAGCGACAACAGUGUUUUAAAUUUCUCAAAAAUCUUUCUUUUAUAUUAUCCUUAGAUAUUCAUAUAUUUAUAUAUGAAAAUAUUGUUCAAAAUUCAAUCACAUAAAAAUAGAUAGAUAAAUUUCAACGUUCUUCAACGAUAGAAAUCAACGCUCUUGAAAGUUUCGCGAAAGUUCACUAGCACCACCACCCAUAAUGGACCUUAAGUAGAAGAUCCAUGUCAUUUAUAGAUAGGAAUUUGUUUGAAACACUCUUGUCGCUAAUCAGAUCUAUAUAAGAAUAAUUAAUCGAAAAUUAUAUAAGUUAUAUAAUUAAUAGACUGUAAAUAUUUAUGAAAAGUCAUACUUUUAUGAAUAUAAUAAAAAAUGGAAUCUGCAAUUUUCAGAAUGCAAUUUUCUUAUUUACAAAAUAUCAUAACAUAUUAUAUUUUACGCAUUCUCUAUAUAAUUGUGCAUCUUCAAAUUUCCCCUACAUGCAUAAAAAUCCGCAGUCCAAUAAUUGAUUUCACGAUGAAUGAACUUGAACAAAGAAAGUCAUCAAUUGGUGCACGCAUCUUAUGCAAUGUGCCAGAAACUGAAAUGUGUCAGAAGUUGUAAAAAGUCCAGAAAGUGGUGAAACGAAUAAGUCACAGGUAUAAAUAUCGCCUAUGCGCAAACGAUGUCCGACGGCCGAGAGCGAUGAGGAAAAAAUGAGAGCAAAAGAACAAAAAAAAGAAAACAAGUCGACCGCGAACCGAUACUCUCGUUUACACGCUCCACCGACUCUUUUAUUCAACUCUUCCAAGAACACGUAAUCAUUUACGAUAUAUACAAGAAAGACAAAAAUGCAAAAAAUGAAAGAUCGAAGGAGUGGCUACUUAUCAUAGAAAAUUUUUAUGUAUAUAUUAUGUGCUAUAUAAAACAUUUCGAAAGUCCAUGAUCACUAAAAUGAAAGAAGGACACCAUGAUUAUAUCGGUAAAAUUUGGAACUAAUCUAGAAAAGUAUAUAUAAGUAACGUUUAUUGCAAGGUAUCUGAUAAAAAGUUAGUAUACAGCACGAAUCUCCAAUAUAUAAGUUAAAUGGUGUAACAAUAACUAAUUAAAAAUAGUUCUACUGAAUAUUAAGGCUUAUUAACAAUACAAUGGAUAAUUGUUUAAAUACUUUUGUGAUCCUUGCGGAAUAUUGUAUAUAGUUGGAAUAAAUACCUUAUAGUUACUACAUAGAUUCUCAGUUUUGCUUCAAACUUCAUCAAUGUAAUCGUUAUAAUACUAAUGAAAUUUCGAAAUGUUCAAUAUAAAAUAUAUACAAUACAUUCGUAAAAGGUUUCUAGAAGCAUUCGAAUGUUUUCGUGAGCCACUGUAUGUUAUAGAAAAUAUCACACGCGUUGACUUUAUGCUAAAGUCGGAGAAAUUCUUUUGCUGAGCAAACGUGUCAGAGAUUUAUUGCGACACAAGCGCCACGGUGGGCCAAACAGGUUUCCCAUAUCUCGUGCGUACGUCUGUAUCGCGCGUGGUUCACGGUAUUGUGUCGCACGGACGUAACUAUCGUGAAAUCUGUACCAGCCAUGAACUCCACAAUACCUAUUGUGCCAUUGACGCAGAAAAAUGACUCGCGUUCGAGAAUUUCGCAUUAUUGACGGCGUGUCUUUGAUGCUUUCCACUAGUUUUAUUCUUGGCUACCGUGAGUUAUAUGUCACUAGAUUUAAAUACCAGUCGUUAUGAGGUUUUAAGGCUUACAUUGAUAUGAAAACUACACGGGGAAGACUUGACAUGUCCAUUUUUAAGAAUUUUAUAACUUUUAGGUCACCUGGUAGUUGAAAAAAAUUAUUUUUAUAAAGGGUAGAACCUGACGAAUUCAAAAAUAGGUGAAAAUAGAUGAUAAAUCCACAAUAUUUUUUUUAGAUUUGGUACUAUUAUAAAGUAUGUACAAUAAUAAUUGCCGGUGGUAUUACAAUAUUAAUGCGAGGCAUUAUAAGCGGUGUACUAAUUAAUUUUGCUUUUUCUUAUUGUGGUAGAAUUUUUUAUGCUUAUUUAUGUUUCUAUGUAUGUAUAAUAUACACUCAUAAGUAUUCACUUUGAUCGAUUUGUAAAUAAGUGAAUUUUACCAAAAUGUACAAAUUGAAUGAGUAAUUAGAAGCAGUUGUAUAUAGUUACUAUAUAUUUCGUAUAGACAGGAUUUUAAGAGACAUAUAGCAUGAGGUACAGAAUUUUAAACCAGAAUAUAAACCACAUGUAACGUGCAUACAAGUAUUCUCUGGCCUGGUCUUUUAAGAGGAAAACUGUACUGGUUUACCUGGCUUAAUUUAAAAUUAGCAUGCAGUCGCUUUUAUUCACUUAACCUCGCUUGUGCAGUAUUUGCUAUGUACCAGUUAAUACAUAUAUACUUAUAUAGAUCGUGUAAUGUGAUUUUCCAACAUUAUCAAAGAUAAAAUAUGUUUGUGUGUAUAUGUGUAUACACAUAUGUUCAAGAUGUGUAUAUGUUUCGUUAUGGAUGCUCUACACUCUCGUUUUAGAUUUUAAAUUUCGCAAUCUCAUUCUACAUCCCAAAUUUAACUUGCUGCUGUAUACACGCAUACACACACAUACACAGAUUCGGCGUGCACACUCUGGCACGAUAUGCGUCGUUAAACAGGAAAUUUCGAUCUGGACUACUAUCCGAUUUAUUUCUUAUUUUAUCACUAUUUCAUAUUUUCUCCUCAUCCUCAAUUAAAAUCUAUUCUUACAUUAAAAAUACAGCUUAAAUAAAAUAGCAAGAUAUUUUUUAUCACAUUCCUAUGCUUCUCAGGUAAAAAAUCAUAAUGUUAUAUAUAGCUAAUUGGAAUUAAAGUUUAACUGCUACU